AUGAGCUGGGACUACGACUCACAGGCCAACUGUGGCGGCAGCUGGCCUGCGUCUCAUGCGCCAAGGGAAAGCGAGCUUGCAAAAAGGUGCCUGCGCCUGAGGAGCGCCAGGUCCGCGCUGCCAUCCGGCCCACUCCCCCGACUUGAGGAACUGCUUGUUGCGGUUGCAAGCGUGAAUCUCGCCUUUGAGGCCUCUGCCGGUCCGGCGGUGCAGGUCAUUGACUCCCCUGCUGCCUCGGUUACUUCGCUGUUCGGCGCGUUCUUUCGUGGGUUGAAUUUUCAGAGGGCACUUAGGCCGGUUGGGAGGGAGAGUGCGAUUACAGGCCUUUCGUGUUCCCAUGUAUCAGGAGAUAGCGGUUGA